GAGGGACGGGGCGCGGCCUGAGGGGCGUCCCGGGGGCGAUCCCGGGGGUCCCGGGAGACUUUCCCUUGGGAAUCCCGGCACCCGGCAGCGCGGGGCACCCCGGGGUGCGCCGCCUCCUCGGUGUCGUUGCCGCGAUUUCUUAUCUUUUUGGUUAAUUGCCGGGUUUUUUUGCAGCCGCGGGAAGGCUCCUCGGGCAGAGAGGAAAGGAGCGGAAAAUCCCAAACCGCGGAUCCCGCGGGAUCUGAGAGGCCAGAGCGGUGUGGGUUUGUCUCAGAAAACAGCCCCCAAAAUGCUCCCCAGCCAAAGCGGAGCUGGCGGGAGGCGGAAAUUCCAUCAGCAUCCGCUGCGCUCGCCGAAUUCCAUGAGCCAGGCGAGACCCGCGGGCGGUGGGAGCCGCUCCAUGGGAUAGAGCCCUCGUUGUCCGCCGGGAAUUUUGUGGCGCCCUGGGGCCGGCAGGGCCCUCCUGACGGCGUGAAAAAGCUCAGGGAUUGCCUUUCAGGAGAGAUCCCUGCGGACCUCCCCUGUUGGAAUGAAUGAAACAGCGACUUGUCUUCAUCUCUUAUCUAAAAACCCGCCCGCGGGUCCUGUUUCUGUGUCGCUGCCGAGACAAUUGAGGGCUCGGGUGUAGCUGGGUUUUUCUGGCUGUUUUCCCGUGCGUUUGAGGCCAGUGGAAAGUCUCCACCGCGCCCAAAGCUGUGGUCGUGCAUCCCUCUUCAGUCCUGCCCGAGGAUUUGGGAUUGCUUCUUCCUGCCCUGAGGGUUGAUCUUGGUGCGCCGCUGCCGCUGAAUUUUUGUGGGUUUGUUGGAAAAUGGUGAGGAACUUUGUUUUCUAGUUGUUUGUGUAGUUGAGAGUUGCACGUCGUGGCAGUAGCAUUUAACAGCACUUUGCUGUUAAAUGUGACUUUUUGCCUGAUUGUUCUGUGUGUGGGAUGUGUGUGACAUCCCCAUCUCCUAUGCAUCCAGGUGUGGUUCUGUAUCCAGCUCCCCCUGAAGUUAAUUGAAAUCGUCUGCCUGAAUUAGAGACUUUUGAAAAUGCAGUGAGAUCCCUGGUGUCCCUUUAAAUACCCUUACAAAUCCUGAAAUAAGCAGAUUUACUCUCACCCCUGUGUACUGGCAGGUUUCCUGGUUUCUCUUUAGCUUCCAAUUAGCUUCUGGAGAUUUAAUGGACCUGUGGACCAGCACUUGCUCUUUUUUUUAAAGACCGGUGGCAUCACAGAAAUGUAAAUCACUGCAUGCUGUCUCCACAAGAUAAUAAAUGAUCUUAAGUUCAGAAUAUUCAACCUUUUCCUCCUCCACACAGUUACGAAAAUAACAGAUGGGUCGUGACCUGUAGGUUUUAUUUUAUGUUGCUUAACACUUGCUUUUCAGAUUCAAGAUCAAGCUUCUAUGUGGUUUUUUUAUAGUUGUUAAAACAAUUUGGCUGACACCUGACUCGAGCCACUAAAUCUCAUGGAGAUAAAGAUGUCCAACAUCACUUUGAACUCAACGUGGCUUCUUCUUAAAGAAUCUUUAUUUUAAAAAUAAAGAGGUACUGAGGUCGAUGGUUAAUUACUGCAUGUGCACUUUGAAACUUUACAAGCUGCUUUGAUGCCUUUUUAGGCUUUUCUUUCUUUUAUAUAUAUAUAUUUUUAAAUCACUACCCGCCACAGGGGUAGGUUUAUUGAUUACAUUUAUUUCAGUGAGCCCACAUUUUUGUUUGGAUGUACAACCUUUCUGGGGGCAGAAAGAGAGUGAUGCUGUCGAUUAGGGAUAACACGACGUGCGUGGGGUUGUGUUUGGUAGCAGUUAAGCAAUGGAGUGGGGGAUUCCAGGUGUGGGGCUGAGGGAGAGGGCUGGCAGAGCCCAGGCUCGUCCUCCCCGCAGCUGCUGCCGUGCUGAAUUUAGCUGCCGGCCCUUGGGAAGGGGGCAGGCAGCUGCAGAGCUGUCUGUGUGGGGAUUUGGUCUCCCCUGGAGACCCGCCGCUCUUUGUUCCCGUGCACGGGCUCUGCCCGUGGGAAAACCCCACUUGUCAGAGGAGCGGAUCAUAAAACUUGUGACAAAAGAGCUGAAGAGCCCGAGGCUCGGUGUCCUCUUGCAGAAGAAGUUCUAUCCUAAUGGCCGUGGAUGUGGGAAAAUCCCUUUCUGAAGCCUCUCUGAGCGGGAAUGCCGAGGACGAUGGUAGUUGGGACUGCACGGAGGUGGAGGUGGGCAGCCCGGAGCUGACGGACAGCCUGCACCGGCUCUCAGGGGCAGAGGAAGCCAAGCCCAGCCUGCAAGGGAUGGAUGUGACAAUGAGCAGACACGGUCACUUGGCCACUGGUGUCACUCAGGGAGACUCCAGCUGCCACCCAGUAGUGUCCUCAGCAUCUGCACCCGGAUUUUUCAGAGCAAGAGCAAACCUUUCAGAGAAAGAGACGGUGAUUUGUCGAGGUGCUGCUGGUGGUGAUGUGCCUCCUCGUGUCAGCCACUGGUCCCUCUCCUCAGAAGAGCAGCAGGUGAAGCCAUCGGGCUGUUGGGAUCCGGCAUCCAGCCCUCCCAGCCGACACAGCUCUGCAGAGGAGAACAUCCUUCCUGACAGCUGCCACGACGCCCCUGUUGGCCAUCAGAGACAAAGUCUGGGAGCCCAUUCCUCAUCUCCCUCCACCCCAGAGCUCCUGCAGCCCCAAACCCCCCAAGCCCCUCCCAGCCCAGGGAGUGCCCUGCGGAGCCGCUCCAUGUUGAGCCUCUCUGCUCUGUCUUCGGGAAAGAGCAGCCUCUCCAAGGAGCCGUCGGGAAGCUUGCCAGCCAGCAUGGAUGUCCCUUCUCCGGCAGCCACCAUGGCCACCAGGGACCUGUGGUGCCGACAGGGAGCAGCAGAAGGCAGGGCCCUGCAGGCGCCUUUCCUCGAUUGCCGCACCACUGUGGAGCGCAUCCGGGAGGUCUCCUCCUACCAGUCCGAUUACUGGGCCUGUGCCAUCCCGGAUUCCUUACCCCCGUCUCCAGACCGUUGCUCGCCCCACUGGAACCCCAACAAAGAAUAUGAGGACUUGCUGGAUUAUGCUUAUCCGCUGAAGCCGAGGUACAAGCUGGGAAGGAUGCCAGAGCCUGUCCUCCAUGACUCAGGAGUAGGCCUGGACAGCUUUUCUGCUUCUCCUGAGGGCACGCUGAGGUCCACCAGCAUCUAUGGCCCCCGAGGUGGGCAGGCUCAGGGAAGCAGAGAAAAUGGACGUUGGGAAUUGGUGGCCUCUGCAGAGAGAUUCUCCACCCCAGGGCCUGGAGAAAGCGGCUGCUCAGGAGCCAGAUUGUUCUAUGAACCUUCACCUAUUGCCAAAGCAUCCUUUGCAAGAAGUACUUCCUCUCGUCCUUCCAGAGGUUUUGCUAAGGAUGUAAGGAUGGAGUCAGGUGGGCCAAGUUCACCUGGGCACGCUGCUGUGGAUGGGAGGAGCUGGUGUUCCAGAGAGAGCCCCUUCCCAAACCUCACAGGGCAGGCGAAAAGCACUGCUAGGUUUUUACCUAUCACAGGUGUGCUCCCCCUGAGAAAGGAGUGGGAAGGGGAUGAAGAAUUUCUUUCCCUACCUCCAAGACUGCAGGAGCUGGAAAGGCUGGCUCAUUUUCUGUCCAGUCUUUCCUUAACUGUAAGGACGCCCAGGCAUGACCACCAUAACCUGCCACGUCACAGGCAGCCCCUUUCAUCUGGGCUGGCUCCUUUUGGAGAGGCGAGUGGCAGGGACAAAAGAGGGAACACUGAGGGUUAUGCUGGGCGGUGGCAGCCCUGCAGCUCUCAAAAGCACAACUGGGAAAACACAGAGUCGUGUGGCUGGAUCCAUAGGGAUCCCCUCCGGGGGCUUCAUCUACCGACCGGUCUCAGGGACACGUUGGAUGGGAUGUACCGAAAUGAACCACGGGUCAAGGGACAUCCAAUGAAGAGCCAGCAGAGCGAGUCCCUUGUCCAGUGUGUCAAGAUGUUUUGCUGCCAGCUGGAGGAGCUGAUCCGUUGGCUGUACGACGUGGCCGAUGUCACCGGCAGCUGGGUGCCCCCCUCGCCGGAUGCCGGGAGCGUGACAGCAUCGCUGCACCGCUACCUGGAGUUCAGGAAGGAUGUGGCCAACCACCGGAGCCUGACAGAGAGCGUGCUGGAGAGGGGAGAAGCUCUCCUGGACUGCAUGGCAUCAAAUUCCCCGGCUCUGAAAGACACGCUGGGUUUGAUUGCAAAGCAGUCAGAAGAGCUGGAAAGCCAUGCAGAGCACCUGUACAAGUCCAUUCUAGCUGCUGUGGGUCCUGUGCAGGGCAAGGACGAGGUGGAGGACAAGGGAGAUGCAGCACAAAGCUGCCCCGUGGAACUGGAGAGACAAGUGUUUCAGGAGUGUCAGCCUCUCACAACAGGAUAAUAUCUUAAAUGAUGCUGCCUCUGUCAGACCUGGACUUCGUUAGCCUGUCUGGGAGGGCUGAGAAGAACUGCAGCAAGCACCAAACCACCUCCAUCACCACUUGCUGCAGAGAUGCCAAAAUGUGUUCAGUGAGCCCACCAGGGCUUGAGAAAGGUGUGUUGUACAGCAGGCGCUCUGCUGCUGGGACGUCUGGAGUCGUGUAAGGAAUGUACAGCUGGCCUUUUUCUGGUUUGUUUUUUUAACAUAGCUUUCCUUUCUUUAUUGAAGUGGCCUGUUCCAUGUGUUAGCAGAAUGUCAGGAACAGAGUUUUUUAACUGAGUAAUCCAUAGUGUUGCCAUGCAGCUCCCUGCCAAGUAAAGCCGUGUGAUUUUAAUA